AUGCAUGGCUCCGAAGAUCGCGAGGAGUCCGAAUUGCUUCCUAUGAAUCGCCGCCGUUCCUCCGCUACUUCUGCGACCACCGAUGACUCCGGGUUCUCCGUUGAUUCCUUCGAAGAACAGAAAUACAAUGUCGCACCGACCGAUACACUAGGAGGUGCCCGAGGAACAAGAUAUCGUGAUGAGGAGGAUGGAGAAACUGAAACCAACGAAUCGUUCAUUCAAACGAAAUCUUCAACAAGCAGCCGUUCGCGUCGAAUUAUCUGGCUGCUGGCUCUACUUUGCGUCGGGGGAUGGGUGCUCGCGUUCGUGCUGUUUGUGUUCAGGGGACGUUCUGAUAUUCAGCGCUCAUCAGAUAUAUUCCAAGUGCAUGAGCCUGGUCCUAAUGUGCCUGGUGUAAACGCUGGGAAACCCGUGAAGUUGGAACAGGUGCUUUCAGGAGAUUUCGCGCCUAGGGGUCACGCGAUUUCCUGGAUUGCUGGACCUGAUGGCGAAGAUGGGCUGUUGGUCGAAAGAGGGGAGAGUGAUGAUGGUUAUCUGCGAAUCAACGACAUCCACAGCAAGGAGGGCGAAACGAACAGAGUACUGAUGAAGAAGAGUACUGUCAAAGUUGGCGAACAGACAAUUUCACCCUCUGGUACGCAACCGAGUCCCAAUUUGAAGAAAGUACUGCUUGUAUCUCAUAUGGAGAAGAACUGGAGGCAUUCGUCGACCGGGAGAUAUUGGAUCUUUGACGUGGAAACUCAAACCGCCGAACCUCUGGACCCUGACAAUAUUGAUGGGCGAAUUCAGCUAGCUCAUUGGUCGCCCAAGUCUGAUGCCAUUGCCUUUGUCCGCGGCAACAACUUGUAUCUUCGAAAACUUUCUGCCAAGGGCGUUGUGCCCAUUACCAAGGAUGGUGGCGAGCAACUGUUUUAUGGCGCCCCUGACUGGGUAUAUGAAGAGGAAGUCUUUUCAGGAAACAGUGUCACUUGGUGGUCUGACGAUGGCUCCAAGAUUGCCUUUAUGCGGACGAAUGAGUCGGCCGUCCCCGAAUUUCCUGUCCAAUAUUACCUGUCUCGGCCAUCAGGAAAGGCGCCACCUCCAGGGUUAGAAAACUAUCCGGAGGUGCGGGAGAUCAAGUAUCCAAAGGCCGGCGCUCCCAACCCAUUCGUCAGCCUACAGUUCUUUGAUGUUGACGCGAAUGAAGUGUUCUCUGUUGAAACGCCCGAGGACUUUGGCGAUGACGACCGGCUUAUCAUCGAGGUUGUAUGGGCCAACGAAGGCAAGGUGCUUGUGCGGACGACGAACAGAGAAAGCGACAUCUUUAAGAUCUUCCUGAUUGACACUAAACUCCGGGAAAGCAAGCUUAUCAGGAUACAAGAUGUGUCCGAACUUGACGGCGGAUGGGUAGAACCUACCCAGUCCACAAGAUUCAUCCCUGCCGAUCCGGAGAACGGACGCCCGUAUGAUGGCUAUAUCGACACCGUUAUCCACGAAGGAUAUGAUCAUCUAGGAUACUUUACUCCUUUGGACAACCCAGAGCCUAUCAUGCUCACCUCUGGCGAGUGGGAGGUCGUAGGUGCGCCUACUACUGUGGAUUUGAAACGGGGUCUGGUCUAUUUCAUAGCUACCAAGGAGGAGCCGACCCAGCGCCAUCUGUACAGCGUCCAACUUGACGGAUCAAAUCUACAGCCGCUGACUGACACCUCGGAGCCAGGCUAUUACGGCGCCUCGUUCUCGCAUGGAGCUGGGUAUGCAGUGCUCAGUUACAAGGGCCCUUCUGUCCCGUGGCAAACCGUCAUUAGUACUGAGGGCGACAAGACCACGACACUGAAAACCAUUGAAGAAAACGCGGAUUUGAAAACCAAGAUCCGCCAAUACGCUCUUCCGACGGAAAAGUACCAGAAUAUCACCGUCGACGGCUUUACCCUCCAAGUCGUCGAACGACUGCCACCGCAUUUCAACCCGGCGAAGCAGUACCCUGUUCUUUUCUUCCUAUACGGAGGCCCAGGGUCUCAAACCGUGAACCGCGAGUUUAGUGUGGAUUUCCAAACGUAUGUUGCGUCGAGCCUCGGCUACAUUGUCGUCACCGUCGACGGACGAGGCACUGGCUUCAUUGGACGAGAAGCACGAUGCAUCAUUCGAGGCAAUAUCGGGUACUACGAAGCGCUCGACCAGAUUGCUGCCGCCAAAGAGUGGGCUCAAAAGCCAUACGUAGACGAGUCCCGAAUUGCGAUCUGGGGCUGGAGUUAUGGUGGGUUCAUGACAUUAAAGACACUCGAGCAAGACGCCGGCGAGACCUUCCAAUACGGAAUGGCUGUGGCGCCUGUAACCGACUGGCGAUUUUAUGACUCCGUAUACACAGAGCGCUACAUGCACACCCCACAACACAACCCAGAUGGCUACGGCAACACCAGCAUAAGCGACAUGGCCGCGCUCCAGAACAACGUCCGCUUCCUCGUCAUCCACGGCGCCUCGGAUGAUAACGUCCACAUCCAGAACACGCUCACCCUAAUCGAUAACCUGGAUCUCGCGGGCGUCCAGAACUACGACGUCCAUUUCUAUCCUGAUUCAGACCAUAGCAUAUUCUUCCACAAUGCCCACAUCAUGGUCUAUGAACGCCUUUCGAGCUGGCUCGUCAAUGCGUUCAAUGGCGAAUGGCAUCGAAUCUCGAACCCAAAGCCGGACGACUCGAUGUGGGAGCGGCUUACGAAGAGGGUUCUGCCUAGUUUUGCACAUUAA